UUACUCCUCAACAACGCAAUAGCUAACCUCUUAAAUAAUCCAUAUCAAAUUGCAAAAACCCUCCAUUUGAACCCUGAAGAAGAGAAGAGAGAUAAAAACAACAGUGAAACCAGUAAAAAAACACAACAACAAUGGAGGGACCCUCCACAAACUCUAACACACACACUCACUCUCACUCUAACUCGCGCCCUGUAAGAGCUUCCCGCUACUUGUACGGCAACUCUUCUUCUUCCUCCGCUUCUCCGGCCACCUUUCGUGGGCCCGUUCGAAGGUGGGAGAAGAAAUGGGUCCACGUGUCUUCAUCUCACUCCUCCACCCCUUCUAAACCCCGCAAACUAUUCCUAUCCAACGGUCUCAAACCAUCCGAUUCUCCUCUUCUACUCUGUAAAUGGACCCCACUUUCUCGUCCUCCCUCCGCCGCCGACGACGGGAAUUCUAAUUCCGAUCAAGUUUGUCGUCGCAUGUUUCGUUAUACUCCGAUUACCGUCUUUGAGGAGAAGAAGAAGCAGCUGACUGCAAAAGGAGUUGCUGGUGAAGAUAAAUCAGGAGAAACUGACCAGUAUGCAGAAAAGGCAGUAAUAGACAGUGAAGAUAUAUAUGGGUUGCUGGAUAUCAACACUGACCUCAUGGGAGUACGUCAGGGAACAACCAGUGACAGUGAUCUAAUUUAUACAAGGAGAAGCCACUCGAAUCUUGGUUUGCACCUGGAGAACAAGAAUACCCAAUCAGGUCUGCAAAAAAGAGGAUUAUGGGCUAUUAAUUGAAGGAUUUUCGCCUGUAGAUCGUACAGAAAUAAUGGCUUCGGUGUUGUGGAUAUUGUAGAUUGAUCCCAUUCACUGGCUGACUGGCUGUGGUUAACCAGGUGGUAGUAUUUUGUUAAAGGGCUUUGUAAGUAUGACAUCCUAUGCUCUUGUCAAGGAUGGUAAACCCUGGUGCAACUCUACGUUGCUUUAAAUGUAAUGUAAUGUCAAAUUCCUUGUAGAACGAAUGUGUUGACAAGUUAAUUCUCAGUGUUCAUAUAUUGGGCAGAAUUAAAUCCUUCAGCCUUUUA